CCGCCCAGCCGGCUUCCGCCUGGAAUGUAGAGCGUUGCCAUAGGCGUCUGUCCCGCGGACCCCACGCGCGUCCGGCGGGUUCCCGCCGCUCUGAGCCCCACUGCGUACGCUUCCAUUGUCUUUAGGGCUGUGGGAGCCGGGACGCGUGUGCUUUGCCUCUGCUGAUGCCGAGGCUGCCUUUGCGCCCCGGUCGCACGGUGCGUCCUCCGCCCCAUGGAGCCGCCCGCGGGGGCCGCGGGGACCGAAAAGGAUCCUGCGACCCGAGACAACACCAAGGAUGUCAAGGUCUCGGCGCCAGCUGGGGACCCCCCGACCAGGACGUCGUCUCCGCACAAAGCUGGACACGCGCUACAAAACUGGGACACCGUAGCCACAGUGGGCACCGGAACAUUUGGCCGCGUGAACCUGGUGAAGGAGAAGACAGGCAGGCGGUACUAUGCCUUGAAGAUUAUGAGCAUCCCGGAUGUCAUCCGCCUGAAGCAGGAGCAGCAUGUGCAGAAUGAGAAGGCAGUCCUGAAGGAAAUCAACCAUCCCUUCCUCGUCCAUCUGUUCUGGACUGGCCAUGACAACCGCUUCCUGUACAUGCUGAUGGAGUUUGUGCCUGGUGGUGAGCUGUUCACUUACCUGAGGAACCGUGGCCGCUUCUCCUCAGUAGCUGCAAUCUUCUACUCCACAGAGAUCGUGUGUGCCAUCGAGUACCUGCACUCCAAGGAGAUUGUGUACAGGGACCUAAAGCCUGAAAACAUCCUUCUAGAUCGGGAAGGGCACAUCAAACUCACUGACUUUGGCUUCUCAAAGAAGCUGGUGGAUAGGACAUGGACCCUCUGUGGGACACCAGAAUACCUCGCCCCAGAAGUCAUUCAGAGCAAAGGCCAUGGGAGAGCCGUGGACUGGUGGGCACUGGGCAUCCUUAUAUUCGAGAUGCUGUCUGGGUUUCCCCCAUUUUUUGAUGACAACCCAUUUGGGAUUUACCAGAAAAUUCUUGCGUGCAAAAUAGAUUUCCCCAGACAUUUGGAUUUCACCUCUAAGGACCUGAUCAAGAAGUUGCUGGUGGUAGACAGGACCCGGCGCCUGGGCAGCAUGAAGAACGGGGUAGAAGACAUCAAGCGGCACCGAUGGUUCCGGGGUGUGGAGUGGGAGUCAGUGCCACAGAGGAAACUCAAGCCACCCAUUGUGCCCAAGUUAUCGGGUGAUGGCGACAUCUCCAACUUUGAGACUUAUCCAGAGAGUGAGUGGGACAAGACCCCUCCUGUAUCUGACAAAGAACUGGAAACGUUCAAAAAUUUCUGAGGAUGGGACCCCACAUCUGCAAGGAGCAUGAAGAAUUCCACACAGUGCCGAGGACCAGAACCAUUUUUGUUGCUUGACUUUGUUUUUUGUUUUUUUUUUCCUGAAAAACUAGAAGGAUUCGGUAUAUGUAUCCACUACCCAUUCGAGGCUAAUGGGAUCAUUGCCCUCAGGACCCAGCCUCAUUUCAAAACUGGAAACCUGCCUGUUGGGAAGUUUAUAAACCCUGUUAAAUUGUAGAUUUUUUUUCCUUCUUUCUGAGUCUUGUGUUUGUGCUGUGGAGUUAGUUGUUGUUGUUUUGCUACUGAAUUUUGUAAGUUUAAAUUUGACCCAUUUAAUUCUAGCUGUCACUGUGUAUGUGCACAGACAAUGUGCAAAACUGAUACUUUGAUAUGCCUGUGACAUGUUUAUUUUCCAAAGCUUUCCGAAAAAUCUGUCACCCUACAGGCAAAAAAAAUAAGGGUGCGAUAUAUGCAUUUUUAAAAUGCUUUUCUAUGCAUUUUGCAGUCAUUUGUGUGCAUUGUUUAUUUAGUCACUGUUUGUUUAGUUUCUCACUGGUCACUAUAAACUGGGAAGGCAGGAAGCCACAUGCCCUGCAGACCCUCUUUCAAAUAUGGCACAAACAGGUGGCUUUCUGCAAUCUUCCAGUUUAGACGUUUCCAGUAAAAUAUCCUUUCCUAAAGUUAAGCCAGAACUUUGCAUACUGCAUUAGCCACUUGGCAUCCUGGGUGCAAAGAUUGCCUUUUUAUGAUAAUACAAAUUUAUCCACAUUCCCAAAAGGGAACUUUAAGGAUCCACCCCUCAACUCCCUCCUCUGUUGUAAAUGACAUUUUCUUCCCACCAAACUCAAUCCUGUUCUCCCAGCCUAGUUCAUCCGUAAAAACUCAGGUUCCAGGCCGGUAACUUUUUUUUUUUUUUUUCGAGACAAGAGUUUCUCUGUUUAAUGGGCCUAGCUGUUCUGGAACUAGCUCUGUAGACUAGGCUGGCCUCAAACUCACGAGAUCCACCUGCCUCUGCCUCCCAAGUGCUGGGAUUAAAGGUGUGCGCCACCACUGCCCUGCCGGUCUGGGAACUUUUAUGAACGUUUGUACAGAGCUGUAUUUUCAGUGAGCUUUCUCAGCCCUUUCCAGUAUGCAAAAUAACUGGGUUAUGUACCACAAACAAACAUACACAGGAGAUAGAACUCAAGAUUAUAAUCAAGCCCUGUGAAUAGGCACGCUGACCCACAUAGGUGCUGUAUUCAUUUGAUAUUAAAUAGGAAAUAAUAUAAAUUAGCAUAGGAAACAUCGCCUUAAUUCUAAACAUAUACGGGGAGAUCACACAUAUGCACAUGUACCCACUGUGCGCUCUUAUUUAACAGUUUGACCGCUGAUCCUAAAAAUAAAAUUAAAUACCCUUAUAAAUUAUGCCAUGUGAUGUCAUUGUAGUGACAUCAGAUAGUGCGUAUGAAUCAUAAUUUUUAUUUUAAUAUUCUUAAUGUGUGUGCAUGUGACUUCAGUACAUAUGGGACCAGCAGAGCACUCCAGAGACCCUACAGCUGGACAUACAGGCAAUUUCGUGUUGCGCUGUCCAUGUUUUAAACCCAGCCUAGGUCCUCUGCAGUCCACAUAGUUAACAUGCAAAAGAAAUAAAAUUAGGAAGGGGUGCUGGGGCAAAAGCAACCAGGAAAAUGGAUAAGGGAAAUAUGUCCUGUUUCCACCUCUGAGUCUAAAGAGAACUGUGCACCCAGCACCUUCUCUUAAAGCAAUGGGACAAUUAAUGAAUUUUAAAUUUCUCUGAUGGUUGGUUGACUUGAACCAAGUACAAAAGUAAGAUAAUCAGUAACGACUACUAAUUUAAAAGCAAAUCCCCAUGCUCUCCAAUCAAGACUAAUUUUUGUUGUUGUUGUUUUUUUAGUGUUUAGUAGCGAUAAAGUACUAAGUGCCGUGGAAUGGUGCUCACCUCACCUAAUUAGCUGUCACAUGUUACACUGUAAAAUGUGAUUUGACGGCUAAAUACUGUUCACAGGACCCUCGGGCUGUGCUUAUAUCCCAACAUUGGAUCAAAACAUAGCAGUCAAUCACCACUGUGCUGCUCGGUGAACCCUAGGCAAGAUUUAGCAUUGUGUGGAGCUCUAUGUUGGGAUGAAAAACUGGAGAAAGGGUCUAUCACGUCUGGCUGUAGAUUUUGAGGUGUGUUGAUUUCCUGGGUUUUGUGUGUGUGUGUGUGUGUGUGUGUGUUGUUGUUGUUGUUGUUUUUGAUGACGCUACAUAGGGAGCAUUGAUGAAUGCCUGAUACUUGUCAUCCUUGUUUCACACACACACACUGCAAACCACCUGAAAAUUAUGAUGCAAAGUCAAGGAUUUUGUAUGAGUUGGUUUCCCCCAUCUGUUUGUGUGUGUCCGUGUCCCUAUCCUUGUUUGUCCCCAUCAAAUCUGCCUUGCAAACCUCACAGCCUUGCAUCCAACCGUACACUGUCAUUUCCAAGGGGGUGUGGGUGCUCUAUCUGGCUAUGUAAUAGACAUCCUUAUUUGUGUAACUUAGGGAAAGUGAGCGGGAGCAGGAGCCUCCCCAACCCUCCUGGUUCUCACAGGUCAGACUCAAACCCCCUUGGCAACCUCAGUUCUCCCAGUGUGGGGACUCACCACUCGACCUCCUGAUGGAACAGGUGUCGCGUGCACUGUGCAGGUGUGUCCUCGCUGCUGAGCACUUGCUGGCUCGCCUGAAAUUAUCA